CGGGCCCGCGGCCGGGCGAGGCAGGAACUUCGCCGGCGCUGCUCUCAGUCCAGGAACAACGAUGCCCUCGCCCGCAUCAUGAGCCGCUGGUCUGCUUCCCAGGGGGUGGUGCUCACAGCCUAUCACCCCAGCAGCGCCGAUGCCGAGGCGCCGGGAAGCAGCGCCAAGGUGGCGGCGGGCGCGUCCCCCGUAAGCAGGAGAUCUGGUCAAUAUAAUAUGAACCAUGAUAACUCUAAGAAGCCCUCAGGGAAGCCCCCUUAUAAUCGUUCAGGUUCUCAAGAUUCACUCGAUGAAUUAUCCAUGGAUGACUACUGGAAAGAACUUGAAAACAUCAAUGAAACCAGAGGCAAUAACUCUGAAGAACAAGCAGUGGUUCUGGUGAAGGAGCCUGAUGAGGGGGAAUUGGAAGAAGAGUGGUUAAAAGAAGCUGGUUUGUCAAACCUCUUUGGUGAGGCGGCUGCUGUCUCCCAAGAAAGCAUGGUGGUUUUGGCUACGCUGACGCGUACGCAGGCAGCAGCUGUGCAGAAACGAGUGGAGACAGUCACACAGACAAUGAGGAAGAAAAACAAGCAGUACCAAGUUCCUGAUGUGAGAGAUAUCUUCAAGCAGCAAAAUGAGUCAAAGGAAAAAGAAAUUGGCAGUGAACACCAGUCUGUAAGAACAAAAGAAAACAAAGAGGACACGAAAGAGGCAUCUUGUCAACAUAUUGAUUAUGACCAUCCAAGAGAAGAUGUUCCAGUGACUGAAACGGACAUUAACUUGGAAAUAUCAUUUUCGGAGCAGGCAGCUACGCUCAAAGAUGACCCAGCAGGCAAAGUCUCGAAGGGCAAAGAGGAUGACACACUCCUUCCUAAUUUCAGACUGCCAAAAGACAAAACGGGUACAACAAAGAUUGGGGACCUUGCCCCUCAGGAUAUGAAGAAGGUCCACACUCUGGCACUAAUUGAGCUGACGGCUCUCUUUGAUAUACUUGGAACAGAACUGAAGCCACAAAAAGCAGUAAAAAUGAAAACCAAAGAAUCUGGUCUUUUUGGUGUCCCACUGUCAGUUUUGCUAGAACAAGAUCAGAAGAGGGUGCCAGGCAUCCGGAUACCACUAAUAUUUCAAAAACUCAUUUCCCAUAUAGAAGAAGGAAAGCUCGAUACAGAAGGGCUUCUUCGAAUACCAGGUGUAGCAGCAAGGGUAAAGAAUCUUUGCCAUGAGCUUGAAGCAAAGUUUUAUGAAGGGACUUUCCACUGGGAAAAUGUAAAACAGCAUGAUGCAGCAAGUCUUCUGAAACUCUUUAUUCGAGAACUGCCUCAACCGCUGCUCACUGUGGAGUAUCUCAAGGCCUUCCAGGAUGUGCAAAAACUUCCAACGAAGAAGCAUCAGCUGCAAGCACUGAAUCUUUUGGUCCUCCUUCUCCCAGACGGAAAUAGAGAUACUCUUAAGGCACUGCUUGAAUUUCUUCAAAGGCUAAUUGAUCACCGAGAUAAAAAUAAAAUGACCCUAAAGAAUGUUGCCAUGGUUAUGGCUCCAAACAUCUUCAUGUUUCAUGGUUUGGGCUCAAAGAACACAGAGCAAAGCGAGUUUGUUAUGGCGGCUGGGACAGCAAAUGUCAUGCGUUUUAUGAUUAGAAACCAAAACCUUUUAUGGACUAUUCCUACAUUCCUUGUGAACCAAGUAAGAAAGCAAAAUACUGAAAGUCAGAAAAAGGAGAAAAAGGACAAAGCUGUGAAAAAAUUGCUGAAGAAAAUGGCUUAUGACCGUGAAAAACACGAGAAGCAAGAUAAAAAUGUCAAUGAUGUAAAAAGUGUCAAUGAGGCUGAUGUUCCUCAGGGAGUAAUACGGGUGCAAGCGCCUCAUCUUUCCAAAGUUUCCAUGGCAAUCCAGCUGACAGAAGAACUAAAAGCUUGUGAUGUAGUGACCAGGUUCCUCAGCCAAAAAAGUGGGACCAUGCAGUCUCUUAAGAAAGAAGAAGUGUUUUUAUAUGAAGUUGGAGGGAACAUUGGUGAACGCUGCCUGGAUGAUGAUACCUACAUGAAGGAUUUGCACCAGCUAAACCCAAAUGCUGAGUGGGUUAUAAAAUCUAAAAACUGCUGACUUUUUUUUAAUUUACAAAGCGAUAACUGUGACUGGUUUUUGUAAAACUAAUGUUCACGUGCACCAAAAUAAAAGUGUGAUGUAUUCAUUGGAUAUGUCACAAACAUUGCACUGUUAA